AUGGUUCUGACACUGAACAACGCUAAACGACCCAAAUGCACCUACGCUGCUCGACGGGAGGAAGCGAAGGAGCUACGCGAAGAGAUCUGUAGGCUCGAGUCGCAGGUGGCAGUGCUGAAGAUCAGGUCCGCCGAGCCUGGACAAGAACAAUCGGAAGUUGACGCCAAGCUAAAGCAGACCCAAAAGGAGAACGCUAAGUUGCGCGACAAAGGCAGAAGGCAGCAGCUAGAGGUGGCUAAAAUGCAGUCAGCUAUGGGCCGAUGUCUGAUGCGCGAUUUCUGUGGUGUCCGUUUUGAGACGAUGAAGUUCCCUGGGGUCAAGUUUUUGCAGCAAGUGUACGACGCAGCCGUGUAUUAUCUGACGAAUAUGGAGAUCAGCAUCACGGAGCGGCUGGGCCACGUGACCGUCAGGGACGACUACGACUCGUGUCAUGGCAGUAUGUACAACGCUCGAGUGUUGUCGACGGUUUACGACGAUGUCACGCUGGAAACGAGCUCGCUGCUGUUUCCAAAGAUGGAUGCAGAGGGGAAAUACGGGAUGGUGGUGCUCGAUUCCGUCGACGAGGACGAGUUGUACCCCUACAACUCUGCCACGCGAGUUCGAAAGGAUAUUUCGGCCACUGCCGUGUUUGUUGCUAGGCGCAAACCAGCGACUAACGGAGUUGAAGGCGAACUUGUCGUGACGAUGAUAAGGGCGGCUUUCUUGAAAAUCCAUCGGCCACAGUUCCCGCUCUCCGAGGAGACGCUGCACGAACUCUCGACUGGGAUUAUGGCGUGGGGCGACGUCAUGGUCAAGACGAUCCGCAGCAUAGUGUACGGAGCCUGCUAG